AUGAAGCUUUCCAUUCUUUUCUUCGCUGCUCUCCUCGGAGAGACAGCCCGUGCCUACAAACUCGGUGAUAAAGCCACCGGAACAACCGAUCCCGAUGUGACUGAGAACUGUAGUCAGUGGGCGAACAGUAUUUCUUCUGGUGAUACCUGCGAGAGACUCGAAGCCGACUUCAACAUCGAUUAUCUGCAAUUGCACGAAUGGGCAACUAGGCUUGUUGGUACCGAAGCGCCGACUCUCAAGAACCCCAACUACACCGGUUCGUCUAGCGCGCUCGCGACAACUACGACUGCAACUUCUAGCCCCACUUCCACCUCCAGUACUGGAACUGAGUCGACAGCCACUGCAUCGUUGAAUGUGAAUGCCAGUUCAACCGCUACCGAGUCGUCUACCUCUCAGCAGACAAACAAUGUUGCUAGUUCUGGGCUCACCAAAAUUCCUGCCCUCAUCUUGUCUGUUGCCUUUUCCGCCCUGGCCUUGCAACUCAAUUAG